GUUAGUGUAUACACUUGUGAAAAAUGGCUACCGCUGGUUUUUUCGCGUCCAAAGUAUCGAGAAUUUUCUCAAAUUUGGCAACAGGAUUUAACAUUCAGCAGACGAGGAAUAAAUGGGCGAAUGCAAAGAUGUUGAGGGAUUAUAAGAGGAGAUUAAUUGCCAAAGAAUAUGCUCCACUUCGUGUUCGUCUUUUAACGAUGAAGAGAAACAACAUCUUGCCCCGAGAGAUCCAAGACAUUGCUAGUCAAGAGAUGUUGGCAGUGCCUCGUCAAGCUUCCAUGUACCAAUUGAGAGAUAGAUGCGUUAUAACUUCCCGUUCACGAGGAGGUCUCAGACGUUGGAGACUCUCUAGAUUCGUAUUCAGAUAUCUGGUGGACUACAACAAGUUAGCUGGUGUUCAACGAGCCUUGUGGGGAUAAUUUCAUCAAAAAAAGCGAGCAAAAAUUUGAAAAAAAAAAGAAAAAAGAAAAAUAAUGUAGUUAGAUCGAUAAGUAUAUUUGAAAAAUAAAAAUUCAAUAAUAAAAAAUUGUCUACCUCCCUAGCGGGUCGUCUCUUAUGAAUAUAUUUAUCCAUU